GAUUUCCUCUUGAUUUAUAUGAUUUUUACUCACCAGGAUGAUUGGAGUAACAUGGCUGCUGUUGGGUGCGGCGCUAGCAUUAUUUUGGGCAUAUUCGUGGUGGAAACACAGAUUCUGGGCAAAGAAAGGUGUGCCCACUCCGCCUGUGGUCCCCUUCAUCGGUCAUGCGCAUAAAUUGCUUCUCCCAGAGAAAAGAUGUAACUUUGAAAAAGAGGUCUAUUUCAACUAUAAUGGAUCAAAGUUAUGUGGUGUCUACUCCUUCCACGAGCCCAUGUUACUGGUGGGCGAUCCAGAACUCAUGAAACACAUUUUCGUGAAGGACUUUGACCACUUUAUGGACAGAAGGACACUAGAUAUGCCGAACGAGAAGGACAAAGUAAUGGCCAACAUGUUGUCUAUGAAGACAGGCGAAGAGUGGAAGAAACUGAGAGCCAUCAUGUCUCCCACUUUCACUUCAGGCAAAAUGAAGGGGAUGUUCCCGCUCGUGUGCAAAAAGGCCGACGAACUCGUCUCCUUCUGCCUGAAGGAAGCACGCACAAAGCCCUUUGUCGACAUGAAGUAUAAUUUUGGCCGCUUCACCAUGGACACAAUUGCUUCCUGUGCCUUUGGUAUUGAAUGCAAUUCACUAGGGGAUGAAAAGCCAGAAUUUGCUGAAAAGGUUGAGACUUUUUUCAAAAUUACACCGGGAAUGAUAGGGAGACUUCUUUUCCUGAGCAUAUUUCCUAAACUUGCCAACCUACUUGAUAUGAGAUUUUCAGUACCAGCAACUGAUUUCUUUACGGAAGUUGCCCGUGAGACCAUGCGAGCGAGGCAAAGUGGAAAUAAAAGAGGAGACUUUUUGGAUCUCUUGCUGGAGGCAGAAGUCUCUACUGGCGAUGCCGAAGGAAACACGGAAAUGCAAGACGACAGUAAAUCAUCCAAGUCUAAGCAAGCACUGGAUGAACUUACCAUCAUUUCCCAAAGUGUCAUGUUCCUGGUCGCCGGUUACGAUACAACAGCCUCCACGCUGGCCUUUGCGUCCAUCCUACUUGCCAAGCACCCAGAGAUCCAGCAACGCCUUCGUCAGGAGAUCAGUGAAAUGGUCGAGGAACACGGCGACAUAACCUACCAGGGGAUUAUGGAAGCCAAAUAUCUUGAUGCUUGUGUCAUGGAAACCCUUCGUAUGUACCCACCGGGGCUUUUCCUGGAGCGCAAGUGUAUAAAGGAAUACAAGUAAGACCUUUUCAAAAUACACCAUAUCUCAAGCUUUUGUCAAUAUAGGCCUACUUAGUUUUACCCUUAGCAUGCAUUCUUGUGUGUGAA